CCCUUGCUGGUACCAAUAAAUUCAAACAUUUCGCUGAUACUGCUGUGCAUUAUUAGCCAAAGCAUAGCCGUUGUUGAACGUAUUUAUUUAAUUGUCUUGUUCCUAAAACACACUGCUACUUGCGAGUUUAGUGUAAGUGUACACAGUGUUUUUAACUUUCCUAAACAAUAUCUAUCGCAUUCAAAAAUAAGGAAGAUCGAUAAUGUCAUCGAAAUUCAACAAAAACGGCAUUAUCUUCGGGUACAUCGAUGCCUUCUGCUUGGUGUGCGAGAGCAAUGUCCUCACCGGGGAGAAUGAGAUCGAGGAGCACAUCGGCUUGCAUGCGCAUAAAAAUAACAUGAACUCUGCACAACUGGUUGAGGAACUUAAAGAAGACCAUAUACUGAAGGUCAAAAAAGGUUACUUCUGUAUGCUAUGCAACGUUAUAUUCACAUCGCUGGUCAAAGUAGCUUUACAUGUUGCCGAGAAACAGCACAAAUCACGCCUGUUGAGACGUACUGGACAUUUGAUUCAUUUUGGCGAAGUGUUGAUCGACGAGACAGCAUGGCAGGGCCUCGUGGAGGAUAUGUGUGCUGUCUGCAACGCGGAAUUUGUUAACGAAUCCGAGCACCUUGCAGAGCCUUCACAUGCUCUGAAUUUGGUGAAGAAUAACGUAGAAUUUUACAGCGGACAAAUAUAUCGUAAGAUCGAUGACACAACAUUCCAAUGUAUAACAUGUAACACAGUGUUAAUGCUGAGUGACAUCGUUACACACUUCGAAGAUUCAAAACACAUUGAUAUACUACAAAAUUGCAAAUCCAAAUUAGUUAUUGAGACGUUUGAAAGUAACGAUACUCAAGCUUUAGACACACCAAACGAUUGCGGUAAAAGCAGCAGCAGUGAGGCAUUCAAUUCCGCUGAAGGGUCUAUCGAUGAAUAUGACCCAUCACCUGUUUGGGCUUUAGAUACCCUUACAGCCUUAGAUGAUACAGUUACAGCCACUUCAGAAAACAAUGCAUCGAAAAUAUUAGAAUCAGUCACUUCGUUUGAAAAGAACGAGGUAAACAUUAACUUUGAAAACGAGACUGCUUUAUGCAAGAAAUGUCUGGGAAACAUUGAUUUUGAGUAUAAUUCUAUUGAAAGUAAUAUCGAAGAACACAAAAGAUAUCCAAAGAAGCGGAAUGUUGCCUAUGUUCAUUUUCCUUGCGAAGCGGACAUGAGAAUUCACAGACCAACGGCGACUGCAAAAACGAUACCAGUGGCCUCUUCAGUCGGCAACUGCAGCAACGAAAAUGUUAAAAACAAAAUCGUUCCUCGCAUAAAUAAGCACCGAAAUGAAAACACAACUGAAUCCGAUAUUUCUGGGAUAGUAAAUGAUCAACAUACAAAUAAUAAUGAGCAAAAAGAUGAUGAUCUAGAAGCAUUUGCGAAACAAAACCAAUUUACACUACAUUCAGGAAAGCAUAGUGCUUUUUGCAAGCUGUGCGGAACCAAUGUGCCUUCAUCCUUUAAGGCUAUGAAAGAACACGUGGAAGGAAAUGGGCAUCGGAGCAGAAUGGCUUCCAGUCGGUCCCACAGUCGGUCCCGGUCGUCCUCAUCUACCCGCGAACAAGAUUUCCGUAAGAUGCCCACGGAAGACUACAUAGAUGAACUUUUGACCAUCGAAAGUUUAUUUUUCGGCCAUGUCAAAAUAGUAAAUGACAAGUUUUGCAUUACACCGUCCAGUUUUCAUCUGAUUACUGAAAACGGAGGCCGAGUAAGAUGUCAACUGUGCGAGAUAACGAUCGCCCCCUGGGAAAAUACCGCGCAUAUAAAUUCAGUCACCCACCAAAGGAGAUUCAAGAAGGUUCCCGUAUUUUGGACGACUGCUUCCGAGUUCGUCAGAGAAGUUCGCCCUGGUCUAUUUCACUGCGGCUUUUGCAACAUAAUAGAGGCAGGUGUGAAGCCGCUUGAAAACCACUUCAGAAGUUCAGAGCAUCAGGUGCGGAAAGAGAGCGCGAAGACUACACUCGCACGGCACCGGCCAGCCAUAGAGCGCUUCAAAAUCGAAAGAUUUCUGGCUAGAAUGUUUGGGAGAAGUACUUAUUGGUUCUAAUAAUCAAGGAAAUUCGUAAAACUGAAAUAUAACUUUGCUUGUUUAUAAUAUGUGGCAUCAAAUUAAAAUCAUAUUUGUAAUUUAACAUCAAAUUAUAAAAGAACAAUUUAUUGUUUUUACUAUAUUAAAUGGGGUGAAAUUAUUUCAAUACUUACCCAUUCUUGAUUUGAAUUUUUAGUUAUAAUUGUGUAUUAAUUAUUUAAUUACUAAACUUGAUUUUUAUAAUAAGUAUAUUAUUCACUGUUAGUUGAUUUUGGAUUGAAAUUAUAAUUUACUGUUAAUCGCAAUCGUGUUUCAUUUUCACACGGAGAGUUCAGGGUUUAGGUUUAGCAGAUUAAAAUACUUAAUACUUUUAUGUGUUUAUUCAACUUAAGUCUUCGUUCUUGUUGGAAUACAAAAACAAAGAUAUAAAUAUUGUUAUAAAUAUGAUCCUAUCGGAGUAUUUUAAAGUAGAAAAAUUUAAUAUGAUAACUAGGUANGAUAACUAUAUCUUAGAACAGUAAACUUUUUGUGUGCCAGUAGUAUUACUACACAUAUUUCACUAUACAUACUGUUUUCACGUUUAAGAACAGGGAGCUGAUCCGAAUAAUAGGAGUAACAUCAUUUACAAACGUAAUUCCCUCUUAUAUGUGAACUUCUCACAGUGGAGACCCAAAGGCUGUACAUAUCUACGAAAUAAAACAUUUCCCAUAGAAAAAAUAGUUUUUUUAUAGCUGCAUAUGAAAAUAAAUGCAUUAGCUGCUAAAUAAAAUGAAUCUUCUCCAUUUUUCUUCCUCAAGUUAAAAUUAGAUAUCACCACUGGGGUUCACUCCACUAUCUAGUUACGAAAAUGCUACGUAUUUUUAGAUACAUUCACUGCAAUCAUGAGAUCACUUAGACAUACAAAAUACGCACGGUAAGUUUGCUACACGUUACGUUAAAAAAAUAUUACACCAACAGCAUCACAGAUCAAUAAGGUAAAUAAAUACUAAUAAUAUACAUAUUUGGCUCCAAUCUUUGAGCAAUUUUAAUCUAUAUUAUAAUCCCAAAAUCCCAUUACAAUUUCUAAUGCGACUGCUACAAAAAGUUACAUGAAGCUUUCAAUCAAUACUUAAAAUUAUUUUAAAUAAAAAUUUACUCAAAAUAUUUUGUCAAAAUUACAUGGGAUUUCGUUCUCUUUGAACUAAGCAGUUACUAUAUGAUAUUUAGACAUUCCCAUCGUUGUCAUUGUGGUAUGAUUUCGCUUAUGAAUAAUUGUAAUUUAUUUGCAUGGAUAUAUUUUUCUGACUGUACUCAUUUUACCAGAGUAAAUGCGUUAGCAUGAGUUAAUGAUAUUAUGCAGAAUGUCAUGGAUUUGAAAUUUAAAAAAAAGUAAGUAAAUAUAUUUGGGUAAUAUAUAAAAUAACUCAAAUACAGAGGAUCUACUAAAAUUACCAAAUAUGUAAUAAAAAUCCUUUUGUUUUUAUGCGAUUCUUUAAAAUAUAUCUGCAUAUAAUACUAUCUUAGUAUGUAUAGCACCAGUGAGCAUUUUUAUAAAAUACAGACUAUGUCUGAUUUAAA